CAACACAGGUGACAGCAUGCCGAGUAACGUGAAACUGCGGGUCUAAAUAAAAAUGGUCAUAGAUCAGCACAGAACUCUGAAGACAAAGAUAAGUCCUUCCACAAUGUCGUACAGACGAGAGCUAGAGAAAUACCGUGAGCUGGAUGAAGAUGAAAUCCUGGGAGCCCUCACAGAAGAAGAGCUCAGGACUCUGGAAAAUGAGCUGGAUGAGUUGGACCCUGAUAAUGCACUGCUGCCUGCAGGCCUGAGGCAGAAGGAUCAGACCACCAAGGCACCCACAGGCCCCUUUAAAAGGGAAGAGCUCUUGGAUCACUUGGAAAAGCAAGCCAAGGAGUUUAAGGACCGAGAAGACCUGGUCCCCUACACAGGGGAGAAACGAGGAAAGAUCUGGGUGCCUAAGCAGAAGCCAAUGGAUCCUGUGCUGGAAACUGUUACUCUAGAGCCGGAGCUGGAGGAAGCCUUGGCAAAUGCCUCAGAUGCAGAGCUCUGUGACAUCGCAGCUAUACUAGGUAUGCACACGCUCAUGAGCAACCAGCAGUACUACCAGGCCUUGGGCAGCAGCUCCAUUGUGAACAAGGAGGGACUCAACAGUGUCAUUAAACCUACACAAUACAAGCCUGUGCCAGAUGAGGAACCAAACUCAACAGAUGUAGAGGAAACUCUGGAGCGGAUAAAGAACAAUGACCCGGAUCUUGAAGAAGUUAACCUCAAUAAUAUCAGGAAUAUCCCUAUCCCCACCCUUAAGGCAUAUGCAGAAGCCCUGAAAGAAAACACCCAUGUGAAGAAAUUCAGCAUUGUUGGGACACGGAGCAAUGACCCUGUGGCAUUUGCCCUUGCUGAAAUGCUCAAGGUGAACAAGGUGUUGAAGACGCUGAAUGUGGAAUCCAACUUCAUUUCUGGAGCUGGGAUCCUGAGCCUGGUAGAAGCCCUCCCACACAACACAUCUCUGGUGGAACUGAAAAUUGAUAACCAGAGCCAGCCCCUGGGCAACAAAGUAGAAAUGGAGAUUGUGAGCAUGCUGGAGAAAAACACAACACUUCUCAAAUUUGGCUACCACUUUACCCAGCAGGGGCCCCGACUGCGAGCGUCCAAUGCUAUGAUGAAUAACAAUGACCUCGUGAGGAAGAGGAGGCUCGCAGACUUGACAGGGCCCAUCAUUCCCAAAUGCCGCAGUGGUGUCUAGUGUGUGGAGGUGAAGACCAUGCCUUUGAACUGGACAUGCUCUACUGACAAUCUGUGUUCUGCAGUGGAGACCAGAAGGAAAAAUAUUGGCAAAAAUAUUUUGUGGUUCAGUUCUUAUGCACUAAGGUUUUAGGUUAGUGGUUGUAGUUGAAAAUUUUAUAAAAUAUGGGUAAUGUGAAGUUUUAUCUUUAGUCACAGAAGUUCAGUCUGAUUAUUAUUUAAUAACAAAGAAACCCUCAAACUGGCAGAUCUUCCUGCAGAUGAUGUGAUAGUGGCAAUGACUUAACCCCUGAAUCCCUGAUUGGUGGCUUCACUGUGUGGUGUUUCAAGAAAUUUAUAAUAUGGUGUAACACACAAACAAAUAGUACACUCUUUGACUUGUUUUGGGAGUAUUACAAAACACUUUAUUACAAAUUUAAUCUUAGCUAUUUAUCAAAAAAGAACAGAUAACCACUCUUUAAGAACCUCAAGAUUAAAGUUGCCAAAAUGAUUACUCCAUCAAAAACACAAUUUUACCCUCAAGAAAGAAAGACUGAAGACACAGAGCUCUGUCAAGGAAACAAAAACACAAGAGAUUCCUUUUGCUGGAUAUGGGAAAAACUACAGAAAAAGGUAAUGAUCAAAUUUCAAGAUUCAAAAACCAUCCUACACAACAAUCACAUUCUUCAGUGUUCUUUAGGAAUUUAUAAUUGAAAUUUAUAAUUGAAUUUAUAAUU